AAAUAACCCAAAUUAGGAUGUAUUAUUUAGCCCAAAAAAGUCAGGACGGUACAGAUACCCCCCAAAAGUCAGGACGGUACAGAUACCCCCCAAAUGUCAGGACGGUACAGAUACCCCCCAAAUGUCAGGACGGUACAGGUACCCCCCAAAUGUCAGGACGGUACAGAUACCCCCCAAAUGUCAGGACGGUACAGAUACCCCCCAAAUGUCAGGACGGUACAGAUACCCCCCAAAUGUCAGGACGGUACAGAUACCCCCCAAAUGUCAGGGCGGUACAGAUACCCCCCAAAUGUCAGGACGGUACAGAUACCCCCCCAAAUGUCAGGGCGGUACAGAUAUCCCCCAAAUGUCAGGACGGUACAGAUACCCCCCAAAUGUCAGGACGGUACAGAUAUCCCCCAAAUGAC